UUCGGCAAAGCCUCGAUGAAGAGAGUGAAGGGAGAUGGAGACUGUCCCGAAGUGCACCGAGGCCGACACCUAAGUGCGCGCCAAUCGACAAUAUCGCCGUCAGUAGUCAGAAUCAGUAGUCAAGCCGAGGAGAGUGCCAGAAAGAUGAGCUAUCCGAAAAAAGUGACUCUGCUGCUGCUCCUGGCAGUCCUGGCACGUGCUAACGGUGCAACCCUACUUGGUGCUCCGUCAUGUCCCAACCCUUACGGAGUCCACGCUUAUCCCCAUCCCGAAGACUGCGGGGCCUUCUUCUUGUGCACAAACGGAACCUUAAGCUUCGAGUACUGCGAGAACGGACUUCUGUUUGACGGACACGGCGCCGUCCAUAAUCACUGCAAUUAUAAUUGGGCCGUCCAGUGCGGCAAUCGUAAGGCCGAUUACACGCCUAUCAGCAGCCCGGGCUGCGAGUAUCAGUUCGGCAUGUACCCUGAUAGUGACGCUUGCAGCACCAGUUACAUCAAGUGCAUCUACGGUGAGCCGCAUCAGGCCCACUGCGACCCCGGUCUCGUCUACAACGCCAAAACCCACACGUGCGUCUGGCCGGACGAACUCAUCCCCUUAUGCAACCCUGAGUCUAUAGUAGGUUUCAAGUGCCCUCACAAGCUGCCCCACAACAGCCCCGCUGCCAAAUUCUGGCCCUACCCGAGAUUCCCCGUGCCAGGUGAUUGCGGCAGGUUGAUCACCUGUGUGGACGGACACCCGCGACUUCUUACUUGCGGAGAUGGAAAACUGUUCGAUUCCGUAAGUCUGACUUGCUUGGAUCCAGAAGAAGUUCCUCACUGCUCCAACGGUAUUUAAACAUGAAAGUGUAUUCCUAGCAACCACUCGAUACUUUAAAUCAACAUACAAGAGAAACCAAUCAACGAACAUCAAACAAUGAAGAACCAUUGUUUGAUAAAAUUAAUGGAAUAAAUCGUGGCAAAAAAGUAUAAUAAUAUUAACUUGAAAUUGUGUAUAGCUAAAAAUUAAGUCCACAGUAUCGUCUACAGUGCAUCGUAAAAAAUUGAAUUACAGAAUAAAAUUGAUUGUAAAAAUUGAUUUCAUAAAAAUUAAAACAAUACAGAU